AUGUCAAUUCGUAACAUAAGCAAUGCCUCCCGGCUACUGGUUCAAAAACUGUUGAAACCUGCUAAAGGAUAUAUUGGAAGAAACGGUAGAUUCUUAUCUCACUAUCCAAUAGAUGAAACUAUUUUCGGGCUAACUGAAGAACAGCGGCAGUUACGUCAGACGGUAUUCAAUUUUGCGCAACAAGAGCUGGCACCGUUUGCGCAGGAAAUCGAUAAACAGAAUGAAUUCAAAGACCUUCGUAACUUUUGGAAAAAGAUGGGUGACAUCGGCCUACUUGGACCCACUGUAAAACCCGAAUACGGUGGAUUAGGAGGAACCUACCUUGAUCACUGCAUCAUCAACGAGGAACUGUCGCGUGCAUCGGGAUCGAUAGCCCUUUCAUACGGAGCACAUUCGAAUCUGUGCGUUAACCAGAUUCACCGCAACGGAACUGAAGAACAGAAGCAAACCUAUCUACCGAAGCUGAUCAGUGGGGAGCAUAUCGGAGCACUUGCGAUGUCUGAACCGGGUUCUGGAAGCGAUGUUGUAUCGAUGAAGACGAAGGCCGAGAAAAAGGGCGACUACUAUCUGCUGAAUGGUAAUAAAUUCUGGAUUACGAACGGACCGGAUGCAGAUACCUACAUCAUUUACGCCAAAACUGAUCCGAGUGCAAAACCGCAGCACGUCCUGUUUAACUUGGUAACGGACCAUACGACGCCAAAGAAAUCUCACAACGGUUAUGUGUUGGUGAAUGCGUGUUCAGCAACAUGUGAUAACAGCAUCGGCACGUCUAUAUUUACAGCCGAUAUUAUUUAA